ACUUUCUUUGAAUCUAAGACCAUCAUAAUUAAGGUUGUCUUGCUUUGUUGAGAAGUUUUUAUCGGAAAUUAGGACUUGAAAACUAUCUCGAAAUAGGAUGAUUCAUCCGUAACCGUAAGUCAUUCGAGAAUGUUUAUAUUUUCACUUUCUUUAAUAAUUCCAAUCAUUUCUUGUUUAAAUAAUACAAAUUUUUUCCAACUAAUUUUGUAUUUAAUUAGUAAAAUAAUCUUUGGGAAAAUCCAAAGAGCACUAAAGUUUGAAAAUUUCAUGGCCUGCAAAUCGUUGUCUGCAUUAAUACACUCACAUAGGCGAAAAAAUCAAAGCUUGCCAAUGGCGGAAGAAAACGACGACACAAAAAUCCAAACCUUGUAUUUACAAUUGAAAUGGCACUAUCUUGAAAAAUUUCAACCUCAAUCAUCAGCGUAUGAUCAAAAUAAGAGAAAUCCUCAAUGGAAUCGAGCUCCAAUUCCACUUCAAGAUUUCGAUUCAGAGAUCAUAAUCAAGAAAUGGGCGAUGAUAAUUCCUCUGAAGGCCACACAAGUGUAGAUUAUUCUUCUGUAGCUAGCGAUGAAAAUGUCGAGGCCGAGCUUCAAUCCAUGACUGCUAAGGGUGUUCAGCAUCUAUGUUCGGAACUUCUGGAAUUGAAGCAGGAGUCGGAUUUGGAUUUUCAGAAGAGCAUCUUUUCAAAUUACUCUGCCUUUCUUGCAAUAUUUAAAGAGAUAGAAGGCUUGCAAAGUGAACUGCUGCAACUGAAAUACCAGGCCUUAUCACAGAAGAAGCUCGUACAAGAUCUUAGAGAUGGCAUCGCUUUAAAUGUUCUAUCAGAAGAAACUAUAGAAUCAAUGCAAGAAGAACCUCUACAAGUGCAAGUAUUUUCUCCAAGCAUAUUGGAGACUCACACUGAAAAUGUUUCCGAACUCCUGGAUACUCUUCUUUCAGAACACAGGCACGAUGAUGCUCUUGCACUCCUUGAAAUGGAAGACGGGUAUUUCAAAAGUUUGCGGUUGGAGCAAAAUUUUUCCUCCAAUGAGUUAAUGUCCUACAACUCCAUGAUAUCAGAGAAGAGGGCUAUGCUUUCUGAUCAGAUCACAUUGGUGGCAAAAAAUUCCAGGGUGUCUGCACCAGAACUGCAGAAGGCAUUGCUUCGAUUGUGCCGACUUGGUGAUAGAAAUCUUGCAACUCAAUUACUGCUCCAGUAUUAUCAUUCACGCAUUGAAUUGGGUAUUCGUGAUUUGCAAUCUUCAAAAGAAUUUCUAGACUCGCUAUAUAUUCAAGAAGUAGCAAAAUUUGUAUGUUCUAUGAUCUCUCGAGCAGCAAGAAUUUUCGUAUCCUUAGAUGGAGAAACUUCUCCUCAUUCUUCGGACCUUAUUCAGUGGGCUGGUGAAGAAAUUGGAGUAUUUGCUGAUUGUUUCAAUAAAUUCUUUGCCUCCAUAUCAGAAAUAAGUGGUCGACUUUCAACAGCCAUAGAUACUAUGCAGAUUGCAAUGUCAUAUUGCUCUUUGCUGGAGAGUCAAAAGAUCAUCCUGCAACCAUUUUUGAUAAAGUGCAUUAGUCCUUGCAUCGAAGAAGUAUUGCAGGUCCAUAUAGAGCAUUUCAGACAAGUUAUUAGUAUUUUCACAUCGACUGAUACUUGGGUUGUUGGUAGAUAUUUUGGACCCAGAAUUAUAACAGAAAGGAGGGAUGCAAUAAUUGAUCAACAACCAGAGUGCUUAUUUCUCACUAACAGCGGGAGGAAGUUUGUGACAUUAUUUCAGUCAUUCACAGAGGACGUUGCGCCUUUAGUUGCCUUUCAAAUGGAAAGUUCAGUUCUGAAAGGAAUCAUGGACCUCUUCAAUGCGUAUAUUCUUAUCCUUGAAAGUGCCCUUUCGGGUGAUAAAGACUCCUCAGAAAAAGGAGGUUCCAAAGUGAAUUUCCCAGAGACGCCAGUACAGGAAGUUUCCAUUUUAGCCAGUUUGUCAACGCUGGUGCAAUUUGUCUCCAGCAUAGUUAAAAAUAUCUUUGACGGCAUUCACGACCUGGACUUUGGGAUUGAUAAUUACCUGCUGUUCAUUCAAGACACAUGCAGUCGACUUCGAACUUGUUUUAUUGAAGAAUUCAUAAACAACAUAGUAUCUCGAGAUGUCGACCAUCAAUGUAUUUCAGAAAGUCGCAUCAGCUGGCUGGACAAUUCAAAAAUUUACAAUCUAGUUCCCUCUCCAACUCACUUGGAACUGUAUCUAGAUCUAAAGAAAUUACAAAAGCUUGUUGGGGAUGAUUGUGUUGAUAACAAUUGGUUGAUGGGUCUUCUCGAGGAUCUGGUGGGAGCCACAUUUGCGUGGAUUUCAAGUAAAUCAGAAAUUUGGUCAAUUAACAAAGAGGAUUUGGCUGAUCAUCACGCCGAUUUCAUGCAGUUUAUCCUCGAUACACAGUUUCUGGUAGAAAUUGCAAGAUUUGGAGGAUACUUGUCCGAUGACAUAAUAAACGCCUUUUUGGAUAUCAUAUCCCGUCUAGAAUCAUCCUUCAUUUCUUCCGGAUUUAAUCCAGUGAGGGAUUUGAACGACGAUGGAUGGCCUGGAAAUGCUGCUACGAAAGCUCUUGAGAAGUUACAAGAACUUGAAGAGAAAGAAUUACUAGAAAAUGAAAAUAGUGAUACCCCUGGAGAAGAAUCACUUCAUGCUGAUGCUGCAAGAUUAUCGACUGAUUUCAUGAGGUCAGAUCAAAAUUCAGUGACAGAAAAUGCCUCCGAAUUUGCCAUUGAUGCAGACACAGAGAUGAUAAGAAUCGAAGCAGAAAAAAUAAAGAUUAGAUCCCGGGAUGAUAGAUUUUUACUGGACAAACGUAGUGAUGUAGGCGACGAUGGAGAUUGUUGCCAAGGGGAGACGAGCAUUCAAUCUGAUCAUGUUGAGCUAGGGACGGAUCCGUAAAAGGAAGAAGAGUGUUUACCAACAAAAAAAA